AUGAAAACUUUUGAGGAAGAGAACUAUAAAACCAAAGAAGAAAAAGAAUUUGCAAAUAGGAUUAAACCAUUCACACAACUAUUAUGUAAAAAAGAUUACACCACAUUUAGAGACGAUUUAGAGGAUGGAAUAAAAGCAAAAAUAGAAAAAAGAUUAGAGUAUCGUAAAAUGGGAAUAAAGACUCAUUCAGAAUCAUCGAGAUAUGAAAGACGGAAAUUACAAAAAGAAAUAAAUCGUGAACUUGCUGCACAGCCACAUACUGGACAUUUAACAAAUGUUUCAGGCAGUGAUAGAUUAGCUGCUCGAUAUGUGUCUAAAGUGUCGCCUGUACGAUUUAAUGAGGUAUUGAUCUGUUCACAUCGUGUUAAUGGAGUUGCUGAACUUCAUUCAAGAUUAAUUAAGGAAACGAAUUCUCAUAAUGUUGAUGAAAUUUAA